GCGGUUGUGCCGGCAGCGACCGCCCUCGUCCCGCCCCGCGGCAGCCGCCGGGCACCAGGUACCGGCCAGGCGGCGGCUGCGCGCAUGGAGGCGGCGGCGGCCCCGGCCCCGGGCGGCGGCCCCAGUACCCUGUUGCUCUGCCUGGCACUCGCCUCCGGUUUGGCUUUAUUUGGUCGUGUGGGUGCUGACACAAAUGUCACCACUGACCAUGGAAUGGAGGGAUUUACCUGUGGCACAGCCCGGAGCUGCAUGGGGAACGUGACACAGCUGAGGCGGCAGGGACACUUCUCCAGGUGCCCAGAGGAAUACAAGCACUACUGCGUCAAGGGGAGAUGCCGAUUCCUCAUGGCCGAGAAGGCGCCAGCUUGUGUGUGUGAGAGGGGCUACACGGGGGCUCGCUGCGAGAGGGUGGACAUCUUCUACCUGCGAGGCGACCGGGGCCAGAUCGUCAUCAUCUCCUUGAUUGCUGCCAUUGUCACCCUUAUCAUCCUCGUUGUCUGCGCCUGCCUCUGCAGUCACCACUGUCGGAAGCAGCGCAUGAAGAGAAAGGCGGACGAGAUGGAGACGUUAAACAAGAAUUUGCCUUCCAAAAGCGAGGACGUGCUGGAGACAGGCAUUGCGUGAAGGAGCUCCAGGUACCUGCAGGCGGGUCCCGGACAGAUAGCGGCACCGGCUGGCUCGAAUGGCGAGGGCUAAAACUAACGGUGGCGUUAAUAAAGGGGUGAAAGGAAA